AUGGCCGACCCGGAGAGAACCAGAUUGGUGGUGCUCGGUGAUGCUGGAGUUGGAAAGAGUGCAAUUUGCAAACGGUUUUUAUACAAUUCGUUUUGCUCCAAGUAUAAGACGACCGUAGAGGACCUUUACACAAAAGAAUUCAGCCUCGGCACAGCCCAACAUUUCAAAGUGGACAUCUUGGACACGUGCGGCAACCCUCAGUUUCCGGCCAUGCGGCGGUUGAGCAUAGCCAAUGCGAACGCGUUCCUGUUCGUCUAUUCGAUCGACUGCGAACGGUCUUUCGAGACGGUCAAGCGAAACUUCGAGGAAGUCCGCGAGCAGCGCGAGGACUACCAGGUGCUGCCAAUCGUGGUGGCCGGAAACAAACUUGACCUGCCGGCCGACCAUAGACGCGUCACCGUGGAAGACGCUUCCGAAUGGCUGUACUGCGAACUACCAAAAAUGAGGCGAGUCUAUAAUAUUACUAAAAUAAUCUAA